CUCUUUGCACCUGUAAUCUCAAAACUUGCUAAUCUUUCUUUUAGCAAAGAUGUUUUUCCUGCCCGAGUUUUCCCGCUCUUAAAAAAAUCUAAUCUUGAUCCAUCGGACCCAUCAAACUAUCGCCCCAUCUCAAACUUGUCUACUUUUUCUAAAAUUUUUGAACGUUUGGCUUCAAACAGAAUCCUUACGCAGGUCACCUCUUCCUUAAAUUUGGCGCCUUUCCAGUCCGUCUGCCUAUCGUCCUGA